AUGCUAGUAUCCAGGUCUGCAAGAGUGGCAAGAUAUGUUCGUCCAUACCUUCGCGACUUAUACUACAGGCGCCUGCUCCAAGGUCCAGAAAAAUACCGACCUCGUUCGGUCUGGAAGCCAUGGAAUUACGACUCUGAAAUCGCGGCUUUUAGAAGUAGAAUAGGUGAAAAUAUCGACGCUAGUACUCUCCAUCUUUGCUUCACUGAUAAGUCGUUCGCGUCGUAUACUGGCCAAAAAGACGUCGCUGGUAGACUUCGUGAUAAUACAGCUCUGGCCGAAGCAGGACGUCACAUAUCGGAUACCUACAUCAGGAACUUCUUGCGGAAAUUCUAUCCGCGUCUGCCAGAGGAAUGGAUAGCCUGUGUGGGAGACCGUCUUUUGUCCAAUUCUGAAUUGGCCUUGGUUGGUGCUCAUCUUGGUAUCGUCGAUGUCCUUCAGUACGCCAUGGAGGAGGAGCGGUCGGAGGAGUCCCCAAUGCUGCCAGACAUUACAGGGCCACCAUCGCUCUGUGCCAUAGCAACAUCUUUUCUUGCUCUUAUUGGGGCAUUGGCUAGUGAUCACCAAGCUGCGGACCUUUUUGUUCGGGAUUUUAUACUCACGCGACUGUUGGACCUGGAGUUCUGCGCCGACUUCCCCUUCCCUCUGCAAGACAAGCCGUUCACCUUGCUGGAGGGUGUCCUACGGUUUGAUAAUCGAGGUCCCCCUGAACCGAGGUUGCAGAAGCAGAGCAGCAUGAACACGCUACUUGCGUGCUACCAAGUCGGCAUUUACAGUGACCACCAGCUAGUCGGUGAAGCACCUGGAGAAACGAUAGAAAUUGCGGAGAAAGAGGCGGCUCUACAGGCACUGCGGAACCUUUUUGGAAUUCAAGACAACCGUCCAUCGCUCCCUCUUAGUGGUCCAUAUAUCCCUGUCGAUAGAGUAGCUCCAAACCCGUCGCUAAAAGAUUACCUAGGAGCGACGGUAGCCGAAUAG